AUGGUUUCUUCUAUGACCAACAGGAAGACUUCAUUGAAAGGCCUAUUUCUAGCCACUGUGCUGCUGGCUAAUAUGUUCCUUUCAAGGAAGUGUGUAACAUCUUCACCCAUUUGCCCUAAUGGGUCUGACAAUUGCCAGGUUUCUCUUGGGGACCUUUUUGACCGGGCUGUUAAACUAUCGCAUUAUAUCCACUCUCUGUCUGCUGAAAUAUUCAAUGAGUUUGAUGAACGCUAUGCUCAGGGCCGGGGUUUCAUUGCAAAGGCCGUUAACAGCUGCCAUACUUCUUCCCUAACCACUCCUGAAGAUAAAGAACAAGCUCAGCAGAUACAUCACGAGGACCUACUAAAUCUAGUUUUGAGUGUACUCCGUUCCUGGAAUGACCCCUUAUUGCACCUGGUCUCUGAAGUUGAACGAAUCAAGGAAGCUCCUGAUACCAUUCUCUGGAAGGCCAUGGAGAUUGAGGAGCAAAAUAAACGACUUCUUGAGGGGAUGGAGAGAAUAGUUGGACGGGUUCGCCCAGGUGACUUAGGCAAUGAAGUCUAUUCUAGAUGGACUGAUCUCCCUUCCCUCCAACUGGCUGAUGAAAAUUCCCGCCUCUUCGCCUUCUACAAUCUGUUGCAUUGUUUGCGUCGGGACUCCCACAAAAUUGACAACUAUCUGAAACUCCUGAAGUGUCGGCUCAUUUACGACAGCAACUGUUGA